CUGAAUGAAGAUCUUUGAAAGCACACUGUUGACAUUGACCCCCUGUUUACAACUGUCAUGUGUUAGAGCUUGCCUUUUUUUGUUCUAUUACAUAACUUUACUCUUUAGAAAGAAGUCAUGUUCUUCUAACAAAAAUGUGACGCAGUCCUACAAUGGUGCUUCAAACAAUGGCUCCUGAGACUACCAAUUGGCAAGAUUUGCGCAGCUUGGCCACACUUCUGAGAGAUAAUGGUGAUCGUGUACUAAGUGGCAACAGCAAAUUAAGACUCACAUCUGCUCUCUUAUCAAAGUUGAAUGCAGCAUUCUCAAGCAUUUCUCUCCUUGGUUCCAAUGGAGAUUUUCAAGUUACUUCUGCACAUGCCUCCCAACCUCCCACAACUGCCCAGCUACACUUCUUGCAUGAUUUUGUACAAAAGACUGUUGGACUGACUCUAACAGGCAAUGGAAUAUGCAAAAGAGACUUGGUUAAUGCUCACCCAACAAUUGACUUGAGUCGAUUCAAAUCACUUCGUCAUCUUGAACUGCGAAGCUGCAUUCUUUCCCAUGGCUCUGUACCAAACCAAACGCUUGAGGGCCUCUCAACUCUGCGAUCACAGUUGGAGGCCCUAGUGCUAGUACAAGUUUAUCAUUCAGAGGAUCUUCUUUGGGAAGUUCUUGCAGGUGGAGCAGUAUCCUCUGGCCCAGAUGUUCAUUGGAUAAAGAUGUCCCAGCUUGUAAUAAGUUACUGUAGACUGAGAUCUUUUGGAAAUGGUUUGCCUUUGGCAUGUAACUUGCAAUGGCUAGAUGUCAGCCACAAUGAGAUUGCUGAUGCUGAAGCUGUGAGCUCUAGUCUGGCUGCCUUACCUAAAUUAUGUUAUUUGAAUCUAAGCUAUAAUCGUUUGACUAAAGUGCCUGUACCGUCAUAUGGUCCUCCUUGUCCAAUUCAAAUUUUACUUUUAUCACACAAUUAUGUUGAAAAUUUAAAUGGAAUAGAGCGUUGGACUGGCUUAAGGGAGUUAAAUCUCGAAGUUAAUCAACUGCAAGACCAUUCAAGUUUGCAACCUCUUCGCACCUUGUACCAAUUGCAACAUAUUCGACUUGGUGGCAAUCCAAUUAGCUAUCACAAACGUCAUCGCUUACGUGCAGCGUCUUACAUGCCUCCGAGGGCAGUUUUUCCCAAGCACAAUUAUCGCCGAGAUGCUGUCAAAAUCAGCCCAAUAUGCCACAAAUUGUUACAGUUCAUGAUUGAUGGUCAGAAACUCUCAGAAGCUGAAUUACAAGCUGUUAGGGAUGGUCCACUCCCUACAAAUCUGAGUUCCAAUUCAAGCAGAAGUGAACAUGUCUCAAUUGAUCUGUCAACUGAAUCCAACAAGAUUCUUGAAAGCUCUGUAGUUUCUGGCUCAGAAAUUGAAAGGUCAACCCGAAAGAGUCGGAAAGUAAGAGAAGUCAAAAUUGAAGACUUUGACUUUGACACCCUUGAUGAAUUGCCUGACAAAAGCUUCACUUCAAAUCAAAUGACAGGUUCCAUUGAAUCAUCUGGCGAGCAUUUACAAACCAAGAAGCAGUUAGAAACGGUUAAAGCUCACUUUAAAGAGGACUGGUUGAGGGCACAAGGUGGCUUUGCUGUACAGGAGCUCAUGGGACUGCAGCCCUCCUCAGCAGUUCCAGUAGGCAGUGUAGCCAGCAUUUCAAGUUCCACCAGACCUUUGUUCAAUUCAACACCUCUAGGCUCCCCCAAACCAUCAGCUCUAUAUCCAGGUCACCUUGAUGAGUUGGGGAUUUUUGAGAGCAUCAUCCUAAGAAAGAGUCCUGAUACUAGAGAUAAUAGUGGUGCAGGUCAAACAACACCAUCUAUGCAGUACCAUACUGCUAAUGACUCAGACACUGUGCUCUACGUAUCUACUGGAAAUGAGGAGACACUAUUACCCGAGAAUGGCCAGAAUGGCCUUGCAGAAGCAGGCUAUGAUGCCGAUCUUGAUGAGAAACAUGAACAAGAAGACGAUGAUGUGGCUAAACUUCAAGAUUCUGAAGACUUUGAUGCGGGGGAACAUUCAACCUAUUUAGUGACUAGAAUUAACAUGCCUCACAGAGAUUUAUUUCUUGUUACUACACCAAGGUACAUUAAGGAGAUUGAUGCAAAUUCUGGAAGUGUCAUUCAGCAUUGGCGGCUUAACAGCCUAGAAAGUUGUGUUUUGCUGAGUGCUGUACCUUGUCAAGUUCAACUUACUUUCAACACAGCUGUACCAUCUAAAAAAACGCGUGUUUAUGAAAUGGAUUCAGAUGAGGCACAGAAAGGACUUCUGCCAUCUUUGAAAGCCAUCCUUGAGACCAGAUCACUAAGUGCUUUGAAUGUGGCUGCAUUUCGUUGUAUGAAAUGCUCUGGAGAGUUCUCUGUUGAGCUGAACUCACGUAAAGCUACAAAAGUAUGCCCAACAUGUGGAUCUACUUUGGUGUUUGAGUUGGAUGAAGCUCCACUUCCUACCCUUGGCUCAUCCCAAGGCGGUCCCAAAUCCCAAAUUGAAUCGGCCGUUGUUACACCUUCUGCACCUGUUCCACAGCCAUCAUCGGAGCUCCUACAUUCACCCUCUGAUUCUAGUAUAGAAAAUGUGGGUGUGAAUUCACGAGCAUCAAGACUCCAGGUGUUUGCAGAAGUCCAUCCUUCCCCCUCCAUAGCGCCCAGAUCAGCUGUUUCCUUGGAAUCUCCAGGAAGUGUCAUUCAGCCAUUGACUGACUACCCAGCUACUGUCAAUCAAAGCCUACGUAGGUGUGAAAGUGAUAUUGACAUUAUAAGCAACCCUAGUCAAAGCAGUAUUGAAAUUUUGGAUGACGUGAGCCGUACUAGUGGCACUCCAGGCCGCAAACGCUCGUCAGAGGAAAGACAAGUAGUUGCUAUCCCAAGUCUUGUCACUGUUCCUGAGGUAUCAAGUACACUCAGUCCCCUCCCUGCGGGCCUUACUGAAAGCAGCUCAUCUGGAUCGAUUACUGACAGUGUUUGCACUGCCUAUGAGAAUAACACAGGUACAGGAGGGAUGGGUCUGCGCCGAGGAGGUCAAGGACUUGCAAAGUCAGUUCUUAAGGAGGAGUUCAGUAGAGAAAAUUCACCUCGGUAUAAAGAGGAGCCUGAGCAACAGGAGCCUUCACCACAACCCACGUCAUUAUCUAAUGUAUUAGACAAUUUGUUGCAAACUAUGAGCUCAAAGAUUUCUGCAUCAGAAUCUUUGGAAAGAAAAACCAGAAAGAAAAAUGCUGUUCCUGAUAGCAUCAUCCAAUAUAACUAUGUUGAUUUCUCUGCUGUGGAUCAUCGGUUGAAGCUCCACCUCCAUUUAUCUAUAUUGGAUGCAGAUGAACGGGAGGUGCUACAGCUGCUAUUAAGGGGAGAGGUUGUGACCGGAGUUCCUGAAAAUCGCUAUCCAGGAAUCCUUCUCAUCUCAUCUCAGAAGGUUUACAUAAUGAAAAUCACUGGACCAGAGGAGGGUGAUGCAGUGGACCGUUGGAUUUCCAGAGUUGUUGCUGUUCCUCUGGAAAAGCUUCUGUCAAUUACAGCCUUGCCAUGGGGCUUGGGGAUAUCUCUGACUCUUCAGGGUGCAUCAACAAACAACCUGGUUAUGGUGCUGAGAGAUCAACAGUAUACUCAUAGCUUUUUUACUUUUCUAAAAGGUUUGUCUAAAGAACCACAUUGGAAGAUUGAAAAUGUUGCUCCAGAGAAACACUCCUUAUGUGCAACAGGAGCCUUGCAAGAUAUGAUUAAGAACAUUUUGCCUGAGGCAGAUUUAUCAAUAAAACUCGCUGCAUUGCUUUGUUCAUGUCAUAUUUCCAAGGAUGAAGAGGAUGAGAAUUACCCUGGGAGUUUGCUGCUGGUUACAACAACAAGUCUUUUGUUGACUUCUGACAAUUUGCAUUGGCUCAUGCCUCCUGAAUACGCAAGUGCCAAUGAAGUUGCUGCUGAAUGUAUUGGCAAACAAUCAAUCAGCAACCUUAUCCAAGUGGAAUCUGAUGGAGCUGCUAUGUGGCUCCAAUUUUUGGAUGAGGCAGCAGGGGGAGAAGAAACAUGGAAACUCAACCUUCAGUCUGAAGAUGUUCUUGAACAAAUUGUAGCAGCUAUACGCUCACCAUGGGAAGAACUUUUUUCAGUGCCUCUGCAUGUAGUCCAAGUUAAUAAAACAUAAUUUUUAUUCUAAUUUCUACAAGAGUAAGAAUCAGAUGCCAACUUUUAUUCGAUUUAACUAAAGACAGUAGUUUAAAUCAUCUGCCUUACCCUUAACUGAUAUAUUCAAUAUUUUUGAAGGAUUCUACUUGUUAACAAUCAAAAGUCAUUCUUAUUUAUUCAUCUGUGAUAUUUAUAUAUUCAUCAUUAGUAUUUUAUUCGGGAAAGGAAAAGAACAAUCUUUAUAAGUUGUGCUAUGGCUGUGGCUGAUAAAUGACAAUUUGUGAGAAGUCGCUCUUGUACUCAUGCUGUACUCAGGCUGCCUUUGUUUUUGUGCACUUAUUUGAAAGAUCAGCCAAAAUAACAAUGCAAUAAUAGUAUGAAUACUUGUUUAAUAACAUGUUGAGAUAUUUUUCUGUAAGAUUUUAUGCAUCUCAGGGCUACAUCUAUUUCCUAUGCAAGCAUGAGGUGUAGCGACCUAUGUUUUGAUCGUACUGUUUAUACUUGCUUUAACUUUCUGUUCUUCUACUCAAAGGAAUAGAAUAGGGUCUGUUAUUGUUAAUAAAUUUACUUGUUGAAGUUAACUUUUAAAUGAUUGGUUCAGGAACCAAGUUUUUACAUGCUAUCUAAACACACCAACUGUGGUGUGCCAAACAUUUUGUAACUUAUAAUGUUUACACAGUUUUAUGUAUCUCCAUAUACCGUUCAGAAAUGCUGAAAACAAUAAAGAAAUAUAUUUUAAUUUAAAUCCUU